CGCGCCGGGCGGCAGGAGGCGGUGUCUGUAGUGCCCUAAGAUGGCCGCGCUGUGAAGCCGAGCGCGGUCGCUGCUGUGUCCCCCCCCCUUUCCCCCGCUCUCCGGUACAGCCGCUACCUGCGCGUUUCCCCGUCGGCCGCGGCGCUGCGGGUGCCGGAGGAUGUCGCUCCGCGCUCUGCUGAGGGCCGCGGCCUCGCUGCGCGGCUGCGCUACCGGCGCGCUCCCCGCCGCCAAGCCGCCCUUCUCCCCGCAGCCGGCCGGCGGCAUGGCCACCCUCAACCAGAUGCACCGUCAGGGCCGGCCCAAGCCUCCCCCCGCCAAACUGGGAGCCACCUUCGGCCGCCCCCAGCUCAAGGGGGUGGUGAUCAAGAACCUGAUCCGCAAGCCCAAGAAGCCCAACUCGGCCAACCGCAAGUGCGCGCGGGUGCGGCUGAGCAACGGGAAGGAGGUGGUGUGCUUCAUCCCCGGCGAGGGCCACAACCUGCAGGAGCACCACGUCGUGCUGGUGCAGGGCGGCCGCACCCAGGACCUCCCCGGGGUGAAGCUCAGGAUCGUGCGGGGGAAAUACGACUGCGCCCACGUCCAGAAGAAGAAAUGAGAUUUGGGGCGGGGGGGGGGCACGCACACACGGACAGGACACACACCGGGCCCCUCUGCCCCCGGGGAUGUGCUGUGCUGCACCCAUUAAAGGCGGUGGCGGCGGGGGGAA